AUGGAGACGAUUAAAACAUUCGUACCACUGGUAGUCGGCUCGUACGGACUGACACUCAGUUCGUACCUGCUUUACCAAAACAAGAAGAAAGAAAGUUGGAAGGAAAUUGAUGGGUAUGUGGAUAACGUAACCCUAAAAUAUUCGAAGAACUUCCUGCAGGGAGCAUUCCACCUUAACAUAAAAUAUUUUUUUUACAUAAAUAAAAAAAAAAUUGAAAACUGUAAAGAGUACAAAAUUUACGUUCAUCUGGGGAAUCAAGAGGGGCAACAAGUGCAGACAAAUGAAUACACACGAAAUAUUUUCGAACAAGUUAGUAGGGAGAAAAAUAUUAAAAUAUGUUACAACCCAGAUGAUGUAGAACAGUCUGACCCGUUGAUAUACAUUUCCGAAAAUGACAUCAUCGCACGGGAGAAGUUAGCCAAUAGGGUGAAGAAUAAGCUUCUUCGCAUAAAGACGAGUGCCGACAAGUUGCUUCGUUUGAGGGAAUCUGUCGAAAGAAAAGAUGACAGCUCGGAAGGUUUCAGUAAUUCUUCGCCCAGUAACCAAACAGAUAAGAUGAAGGGAAAGGAAACCUCACCCACGGUAGUAUCCCCCUGCGAUGCAGAAACCGACGAUGAGGGGAAAUCAAGUGGACACGCAAAACCUUCGCAGUUAGCCAAAAAAAAAAUAAACGCAUAUGAUAUAAAUAAUUUAUUCCCAUGGUACAUGUUCUCCUGUAGCCUCUUUCUAUUUUUGUCUUUUUUUUUGAAGAAGAGAAUUCGCUUUGUGAGGAGGUCAAUAUUGGAACAACAACAACAAAAAAAAAAAAUUGUGUAA